ACGCCAUCUCCUUCUUCUCACGUUGGCUCACCACACCAUUCACUUAGUAUUCGCAGCCGGUUGAUCUGCGAACCCACACUCGUUUUGAAGGGCGAAACAACGAAACCACGACACUCCUUUACUUUACCUCCCUCUCCGACCGACUAGACGAACGAACGAAGAACGAUCAAGAUGCGUCUCCUCACCACCGUUUUCUUGAGCGCGUGCGCCCUCCCUGUAGCUCUGUCACAAAAUGCCCAAGCAAUCGUCUCCGGCCUUCAAGCAAUCCAAGGCCAGACACAAUAUCUCGACAACAUGGUCGCCCAUUUCACGGGCACACCACUGCUCGGAGCCGUUGACGUGGUCAAUAUCCAACAACAGUCCGACCAAGUCGCACGCGCGAUUGAAGCCUGUAUAGCGGCAGCACGUGCAGUACCUGCCAGACUCAGCCCAAGGGAUUCCGAAGCGGUCGCUGCGGCUGUUCUGGCCUUGCGUCCGGUCACUGAACAGCUUUUGGACCGACUCGCAACUAUGAAACCAAUCUUCGAUCAAGCCUUCGUGGGGCUCGUCAGUGUGAGCAAACAGGUGCAGACCUCGUUGCAGGAUCAGAAGGCGUUGGUUUCGGCUUUGGGGUAUGCUAUCGCAAGGAAGUUGUCGGGCGCGUAUCGAGCGGCUGCACGGGAGCUGUUGGAUGAGUUCAAGGAUGCGUUUGAUGAGGCCAUCUCAGAAUAUGUGGUUGCGGAUCAUGUUCAACUUCCAGUAAUUCCCAUCCCAGGUCUGAUACCGAAGCGCGAAGCCGCAGAGCCCGUCGCAUCCGAAGCGUGAACGUGCAAGGUCGAAGAGGUCUCUUGCAGGAGUCGGUUCGACGGAGCAAGGGAGAAAAAGAACUCAGAAGCCCCACAGAAGUCGAUCUGAAGGGAAUGGAUGUGGUAAAGUCGAAAUCAUCUACCAAUCUAUG